AUGGAGUUGCUUGACAAUGGAGAGCCGCCAAACAAGAAGAGAAGAUUCUUUAUUGAGGCAGAAAAGCCCGACCAUGACUCCACAGGUCUCUCAUCAUCCCCCGUCUUGAGCCGCGACGCGCAGAGGUACUUUGCCGAUCGGGACGAAGAGGUUGAGAUGCCGCCAGAAUUGACGGAAGGAAACACAUCGAAUAUGGUCGCCUCCAGAUUUUCUCCCUCUAUCAACAACGAAAUUGCCUCUCACAAUGAGUCUCUUGUCGAACAAGGAUCAAGUACUGCCGCCGAAGAUGCGCCCCUCGCAUUCGAUAAAGAUACCUUUGAAGCUUUCGUUGGAGACAGCGUCAAGCCAGACGUCCUCGAUAUUAUCCGAGACAACUGCGGAAACAAUAUCGAGCGGGCAGUGAAUAUGUAUUUCGACGGGACGUGGAAAACGCUCAAGAAGAAAAGCCUGCCGAUAGGGCGUGCCUCACCCUCGAAUCGGGCAAGCAGCGGUGGUCAUAGACCAGCCAGAGAGCCUUCUCCGACACGGAUCUUUCGCCAGCCUAUGCCGGAUUCCCGCUAUAUUGGUGCUUUUGGCGUUGAGGGGUGGGCAACGAGGAGCGGGGCCAAUCUUCUGCAGCACGGAGAAAAAGUCAAGAUAGAGCGGCAGAAGAUACAGCCACCCAAGCCUGCCCCCUUGAAGGGCAAGGCAAAGGGUGUCCUGAACGCGUCUCCUCGUGUCAGCCCUGUCGUUUCAAAGCGGGUAGAUGUCAUCGUACGCUUCACAAACAGCAGCGGAUUGGAAAUUGGUCGUCUCGCAAAGGACACAGCAAACUGGGUGUCAGCUCUGAUGGAUCAGAAAAUCUGCAAGUUCGAGGGGUCUGUGGUCUACGCCCCAGAGAGACUGCGAACCAAUGACACAGUCUUUCUCCAGCUCAGAUGCUCGCUGCUCAAGUCAGCCUUCUUCAGUCGCGGCUUUCAGUUGCCCAAUAACGAUAACAGAGACACUGGCAUAUUCGAGGAAAAGGAGACAACCGAGGAGCGAGACCUCCGUCUACGGCAAAUAGCUUUGGUUCGACUCUUCCAGGAGAUCAAUCUGAUGCCCACAAGAGUCAACGCUGCCGCCUCGAAGCACUCACGACAGGACCUCCUGAAUGCCGCUGAAUCGACCGAAAAGGAGAUGGAAACAAAUAAACCCGCGAGCCGCGAUAAUUCCGGCUCGUCACCGCCUUCUGAUGAGGCAGAAGACGGUGAAGAGCUCGAGCAAGAUCAGCUGGACGCGCUGUACAAGAAGGCACAGAACUUUGACUUCAGUACGCCCGAGGCUGAACCUCCCGACACCUUCGCCAUGAAUCUUCGACCCUACCAGAAGCAGGCUCUUCACUGGAUGAUGUCCAAGGAGAAGGACCAGAAGAAUGAGGCCAGAGAAAACUCCAUGCACCCGCUGUGGGAGGAAUACACCUGGCCGACCAAGGAUGUUGACGACAAGGAGGUGCCGCAGGUAGUCGACCAAGCCAAUUUUUAUGUUAACCCUUACUCCGGCGAUCUGUCUCUCGAAUUCCCUGCUCAGGAGCAGCAUUGUCUGGGUGGCAUAUUGGCUGAUGAGAUGGGUCUCGGCAAGACCAUUCAAAUGCUGAGCUUGAUCCAUUCACACAGAUCUGAUGUUGCCAUCGAGGCUCGUCGGUCGAGCUCUGCUGUCAUGAGUAUCAAUGACUUGCCACGCUUACCAGCAAAUCUGACGGGCACGGUUUCGGCGCCUUGCACUACUUUGGUAGUAGCUCCCAUGUCUCUUCUAGCACAGUGGCAGAGUGAGGCUGAGAACGCUUCCGAGGAGGGAAGCAUCAAGUCCAUGAUAUACUAUGGAAACGACAAGAUCGGCGAUCUUCGUGGACUCUGUUCCGAGCACAAUGCAGCGUCUGCCCCCGACAUCAUCAUUACCAGCUAUGGCGUGGUCCUGUCCGAAUUCACCCAGAUCGCGGCAAGAAAGGGUGACCGCAGCUUUCACACCGGACUGUUCUCCCUCAACUUCUUCCGAAUCAUUCUCGAUGAGGGUCACAACAUCAAGAAUCGCCAGUCGAAAACAGCCAAGGCUUGCUAUGAGCUGAUGGCAGAACAUCGCUGGGUGUUGACUGGAACUCCCAUCGUCAACAAGCUCGAGGAUCUCUUCAGCUUGAUCCGCUUCCUGAGAGUGGAGCCGUGGAACAACUUUUCGUUCUGGAAAACGUUCAUCACAGUUCCUUUUGAGUCAAAAGACUUCAUGCGAGCUCUGGAUGUGGUACAGACCGUGCUCGAGCCCUUGGUUAUGAGGAGAACCAAGGACAUGAAGACGCCGGACGGCAAACCGCUGGUUGCUCUACCCCCAAAACAGGUCGAGAUUGUGGAUGUCGAGCUCUCGCAGGUCGAGCGUGACGUCUACGACCACAUCUACAACAGGGCGAAAAAGGCGUUUUUCGCCAAUGUCGAGGCCGGUACCGUCAUGAAGGCCUAUACUAGCAUCUUUGCUCAGAUCCUCCGUCUUCGGCAAUCAUGCUGUCACCCCGUCCUUGUCCGGAAUCAAGACAUUGUAGCUGAGGAGGAAGAGGCGGGCGCAGCAGCUGAUGCAGCAGCAGGACUGGCUGAUGAUAUGGACCUCCAGUCCCUGAUCGAGCGCUUCACAGCAGCCACGGAUGAUGAGGCAGACUCGAACGCAUUUGGGGCACAUGUCCUAGGUCAAAUUAGAGAUGAGGCAGAGAACGAGUGCCCCAUCUGUUCGGAGGAACCUAUGAUCGAGCAGACUGUCACGGGUUGUUGGCAUUCUGCUUGCAAGAAAUGCAUCUUGGACUACAUCAAACACCAGACGGAUCGCAACGAGAUUCCACGCUGCUUCAACUGUCGAGAGCCAAUCAAUCAGCGCGACUUGUUCGAGGUUGUUCGCCAGGACGACGACCUUGACGACAACUCCGGCCAGUCUAUGCCCAAGAUCAGCCUCCAACGCGUUGGUGUCAACCACUCCUCGGCCAAAAUCGCCUCAUUAAUCAGCCAUUUGCGUGUCCUGCGCAGAGAGCACCCGAAGAUGAAGUCUGUCAUUUUCAGCCAGUUUACAUCCUUCAUGUCACUCAUUGAACCGGCCCUCACGCGUGCUGGGGUAUCUUUUCUUCGGCUGGACGGAUCGAUGGCCCAGAAGGCGCGCGUCGCGGUCCUGAACGAGUUCCGAGAGUCCAGAAAGUUCAUGGUCCUUCUGAUCAGCUUGCGAGCCGGAGGUGUGGGCCUCAACCUUACGUCUGCGCAAAGGGUGUACAUGAUGGACCCCUGGUGGAGCUUCGCUAUCGAAGCGCAGGCCAUCGAUCGUAUUCACCGCAUGGGCCAGGAGCACGAGGUCAAGGUGUACCGGUUCAUCGUCAAGGAGAGUGUGGAGGAGAGGAUGCUCCGCAUUCAGGAGAGGAAGAAGUUCAUUGCGACUUCGCUAGGCAUGAUGAAUGAUGAGGAGAAGAAACUUCAGCGAAUCGAGGACAUCAAAGAACUGCUCAGCUAA